AUACAAAGAUUAAUCUCAAGCUCUUCAAUGCAACGGUUGGCUCCUUCUUGCCAGAUGUAAACCUGGUUCGUGUGACUGUGGGUCAUUCGGGGCCCUUGCCGUUGCCUGAGGCUGAGAAAUGGGGCUGUAAGAUCAUUGAAAUCAAACACCCCGACGGCAGCAAAGAUUACCUUGUGCAGAUCUCAUUUGAUAGCCCUGGAGUUGAGAAGGAGUAUGUGCCAGAACAUUUUCGAAAUUAUACUACCAAUCCCGUAUUGCAAUUUGUUGUGAUUCCCCAGGGAGAAUUCUUUGAAGUCCCAGUCCCUCUGUUUGCCUUAGUGAGGGAUGCAGUGCUGCCUCGCGCAGAAGGAUUCUGUGAUAACGAAGCCCUCUAUUUAGUGGUGAAAGCUGGCAAUGUGGAUCAGAAUUGGUUGCCCUUUGUGGGAAACACACGUCUCACCCAAGAGACUGCACAGACCCUUGAGUAUGGAUUGCAGGUCAAUCAAACUCACCUGGUCCUGAGAGUGCCGAAGCUCGCCACUCACGUGUUUCUGGAGGAAAUAAACUCCUUUGGGGUUGUGACCACCUUCCAGUUGCAAUUUAAGGACCAUCUCAGUCAAACAGAAAUGAUUGAAUUUACCAUUUCCUGCACCUUCUCUCCAAAAGAUCUAAUUGACUGCCAGCCUAAUGGCACAAUUGUAGUCUCGGCUCGGACGUUGGUUGGCAUGCCAGACUUGGACCUCUCCAAUUUAGUGCUGAGAGACAAACGCUGUAAACCAGCUUCUGUGACAAAGGCAGGAGCAGUUUUCCUCUUCAGUGUAAACUCUUGUGGCACAACUCGCAAGUUUGAAAACACCAUCAUGACUUAUGAAAAUGAGGUCCUGUAUUUCCUCCCAGGCCAAGCAACACCCGUUUACCAGUUGAAAUGUGCUUGCCAGUACUUCAUUGGAAAUACGCUGCUGUUCCAGUACAGCCCUGCACAACCACCAUCGCCAACCAUACUGCCUGGGACUGGGCAACUGGAACUUGCCCUUAAACUUGCCAGAGACCAGACCUACAGAGAUUUCUACCAACCCACCGAGUAUCCAGUAAGCCGUUAUUUGCGAGAGCCUCUCUACUUUCAGGUCGAACUUCUUCACAGCCAAGAUCCACAACUGGAGUUGUUUCUGGAGAACUGCUGGGCUACUGCAAAGGCUGACAGGAACAGUUUUCCACAAUGGCACAUAGUGGUUGACAGUUGUGAGAAUACAGCAGAUUCACAUCAGACCAUUUUCCAUGAGGUCCCCAACACUUCUGUCCCAUUCCCUACACACCUGAAGAGGUUUGAAGUGAAAAUGUUUACAUUUGUGGUGAAUAAUCAAGCUGUUCAAGGACAGUUCUACCUGUUGAUCCUCAGUUAUACAUUCGACAAGCACAAAAUCAAUCUCUUAUCAGCCAAAACUGAGGCUCUGUCAGUGUAUAAGAACUGGAAUAGUCAUAACAACAAGUCAGCCAAUGGGAACUAUUUGGUGACUGAGACACAGGGUUUGUUGUGA